AUGGUCAAGCCUGUUGUUUCCGCCAUGAAUGCUUGGACAUGCAUUGUCGUGUCCCUGUUCGCGAUUGUCAUUCUGUCCACGCUGGGAGCACUGUUCAGAGGAAGUAGCAACACGGUAAUGGGCGGAGUAGAGGACCCCAAGGACGGUGGCGCGGUUGCAGGCGCACUCUUUGGGGCCGUCUUCAUAUACAUUGGCUUCUUCGUUUUCUGCGGACUGCAGGCCCUCCUUCACAUGCGCGAAAGCCGUCGUGGCGCGAUAAGCCUGUCAUGA